GGUGCACCUGCUCGUGAUGAAGUUUUUGAAAAGGUAGUGGGAGAAGACAAAAAUGGAUAUGCAAAGACCUUUGGUAUGGGAGUGAGAGUGCCUCGAUCUUAUACUAAACGGUGCGCCUUGAAGGAGGAGAAAGCAAAAAGAUUGAAAAUUGAACAAGAGCAUGAAGAAACAAAUGAGAGACUCCAAAAUUUAGAAGAUGUAGUGUCAUUGCUUUUAAAUAGCCUGGGUUCAAAACUCAAUCAAUCUGAAAUCGAUGACCUUACAACUGGUGGUAAUACAACCACUGGGAAAAGUCAUGAUGAGGAUCGAUGGAACAAAGAUGAUGAAGCUGAGAGCGAUGAACUUGAAGAUGUAUACAGUGAUCAGCAUUAAAGCUUUGGACUAUAUCUUUCAUAUCGAUGCGUAUUUUAUUUUAGUUCACUUUGACUGUUUAUACUUUAGCUUAAAUGAUGAACUACUUUUGAGAUGUUGGUUUACAUUCUAGUAAAUGGGGAAGUGAUAAGUCAUGAAUUCUCCAUCCCUUGAAAACAUAUGCCACCACCAUACAGAGUAUUGACUAAAUAAAUGAAGCAGGCUGCCCCUUCACGGUUACCUAAACCUCGCCAGGAUAAAACCGUUAUUGUGUAUGGUGAUUGUACAGACUAAUCACACGCCAACGAACAAGAACAAUAUAGGGGUGUUACGUACUGAAAAUUAAAAUUUGAAAGGGAUCACGGGAACUUUUGGCCGGGAAAAAUCAAGAGCUCUUCUGAAGAAGUAAACAAGAAAGAGACUUGGAGUAACUAUGACUCUACGAGGCAUAUCAAACAAAGUGUGCACCUAGUGAUGAUGAUGAUGCAAAUAAAGAUACACAUUUUUC